CCCCCUAUAAAAUGAAUAGAAAUGGUAAAGUUGAAGUCGGUCUGAAGGGGCGAGAAGCUUGUGCAGCUGCCUGCUUUAUUUCUUUUCUCCAGGAAUCAACGCUAUUUCGUCAUCCUCCAAUCUAGGAGUUUUAUUUAACAUAUUAGGAUCAUGGCUAAUCCUAAUAGCACAACAACUUUGAUGUUCUUGCCUUCCAAACCAAUAGAACAAAACGGGAUCUCUCCAACAAACACACCUCCUCCUCCUCCUCCUCCUUUGCAUCAGAGCCAAGAAAAUGUUCUAAAUGGUCCUGUAGCUAUUCUAUGGGACAUUGAGAACUGUCCUGUCCCAAGUGAUGUGCGUUCUGAGGAUGUUGGAGGAAACAUCAGAAUGGCACUGAGGCUGCAUCCUGUCGUAAAAGGAGCCGUUAAUUUGUUUUCAGCUUAUGGAGAUUUCAAUGCUUUUCCUAGGCGACUCAGAGAAGGAUGCCAAAGAACAGGUGUCAAACUUGUCGACGUCCCAAAUGGUAGGAAAGAUGCUGCAGACAAGGCUAUCUUGGUUGAUAUGUUCCUUUUCGCGCUUGAUAACCGUCCACCCUCUACCAUCAUGCUCAUAUCAGGAGAUGUUGAUUUUGCUCCAGCCCUUCAUAUACUUGGCCAACGCGGUUAUACUGUAAUUCUCGUCAUUCCGUCGGGUGUAGGUGUCUCAUCUGCUCUCUGUAACGCUGGUAGGUUUGUAUGGGAUUGGCCUAGCGUGGCUCGUGGUGAAGGCUUUCUUCCUGCCUCUUCUAAACCUUCGUUUCCUUCUCUUCGCAGAGGCGGGUCCGAUGUUGCAGGAUAUUUGAUGGGACAUCAAACUAGUGAUGGGCAGAAUGAAGAAGAAGCGAUUGUCUAUAGAGGUGCAUCGCAGGGUUAUUUUCCGAGAGCACAAAGUUUGAAUGAAACAGGGGAUGGGAUGUGGGUACAGCCUGGGGACUUGGAUGGUUUGAGGAAACAGAUGGUUAAGUUGCUGGAAUUGUCUGGUGGAGGUGUGCCGAUGAAUAGACUACCUGCUGAGUAUCAGAAACUAUAUGGGAGGCCUCUUUACGUUUCCGAGUAUGGCGUGUGCAAAUUGAUGGAUCUUGUGAACAAAAUGGACUCUGUGGAUAUAUCCGGGAAGGGUCCAAAGAGAUUUGUCUAUCUCAGGAAUUCGAGAACUAGCCCGAGUGCUCCGCCCCUUUACUUGUUGACAAAGAAGGACGAGAAAGGGAAAGGGAUGCAAGAAGAUAACAUUAUUCAGGGUGGAGCUUCAUCAGAUGAGUUAUCAGACGAAGAUAGGUUCGUGGUAGAAGAAGAAGAAGCGUGUGAAGUUGAUGAUGAUCGGAAUCUUGAAGAGUUUAAACGUGAGCUUCAAGAAAUACUUGUAAGUUAUUCGUGUGGGAUUUUUCUAGGAUGUUUUGAGGCGAUUUAUCUGCAAAGGUACAAGAGGCCACUGGAUUAUCAUAAGUUUGGUGUAAACCAACUCGAAGAUCUGUUGCAUAAGGUUAGAGACAUCGUAACUCUGCAAAAGGAAGAAGGAAGCGAAAGGAAGUUCCUCCUUGCUUUUGGCUGCAGCAACAGCUACUAGAGAAGGACAUCAGACAGUUCGUGUCUUUCCACAAUUCAGGUAUGUUUGUAAACCAGCCAUCUUCUCUCUUUUCCAUACUUUUACAGGUGAAGAGAGAUGGAUGAAUAUGUCUGUUGAGUUUGUGUCAUAAGUUAGGAGUUAGCCUGAAAAAUAGAACAAUUUAUUUUAUAAUUGUUGUGAAUUUCGACAGAACAAUAUUUAUAUGAAUUUUAAUAAGUUGAGAUUCUUACAUUAAACCUAAUAAUUGUAUGAAAUAACAAUAUUCAAUCAUUUCAA